UCCCAAACAUAGGGUUAGCGAAAACUCAUCUCUAUCCGUCGAAACUCCUCCACUCGCACCUAGCCUUCUCCGCCACUUCUCCGCACGCGACCAAUUUUCCUCCGCCACUCCUCCACGUCGCCCGCGACCUAGCCUCUGCCACUCUUCCACGACAACCGACGCUGUUGGAAAUGCCUCUUCUCGUGUGAGCAGUGAGUCAGAUGCCUUUCCCAUCGAGCAACGGCUGCUACAAUCCGUUUAAACACAACUCCGACGAGAUGAGAUGCGCAGCCCAGAGCGAACCCUAAACCCCAAUUGCUUCACUACCAAAAUCGCCUCUGUCGCUUGCCUCCCCUUUACGCUCCUUCCCUCCUCUCGUCCAUGGGGAAGGACAUCUCUGGAUCUCCGGCGGCCGCACCGGGAAGCGCUACCGCCCCAACCGCGUUCCCCACCCGUCAUAACUUAGCUCGCACCUUCAAGUAUCUAAUGGCAACGCAGUUCUUAUCGAGGGGAAUCCCGUUUAUAUUCAAUUCAUUGAUCGUGAGACACCUUACUGUUGCGGACUAUGCUCUUUAUGCAGUGCAAUUCCAUCUUUUUGUUACCUCCAUAUUGUUUCUAAGUCGGGAAGGUUUUCGACGGGCAUGCAUGCGCACUGAUGUUGGAAGCAAUAAUUCAUCGAUGGAAGAAGAUGCUGCAAGAUUAUUGAAAGUAGCGUGGCUCACAUUCCCAAUUGGCAUCUUGUUUACUUCUGCAGCCUGUCUCUUUGUUUUUUGGUUUCAGAAGCUCACUUUUUCAGAUGCAUAUGCACAAGCUAUAUUGAUCCAUGGACUUGCCUGUAUUCUGGAGUUAUUGUCGGAACCUGUAUAUAUACUUUCACAAAAUUUUCUUCUUCUUAAGCUACGAUUGAUAGUUGAAACUGCAGCUACUCUCCUACGGUGUAUGACUACCUACAUCCUGAUUUUUAGAAAACCUAAUCUGCUCUUGCUGUCCCGGGGAAUGGUCGGACCACAUUGGAUUUAUUAUAUGCAAGCUUAUUCUGCAUUGCAGGAGGUUGUUUUCACGACUCAAACACGUGACCACAAGGAAAAGGGGAUUGUAUUUGCUUUAUCUCAAGCUUCCUAUGGUUCCUGCUUGUUGUUGGGCUACUGGGCUUAUUUUCUGCUCUCCCGCACUGUUAGAUAUUCUGAUCUUUUUCCCUUUAGAAUUUCAAACUUUUACUUUGACAAAUAUCUUCUGAAGAUGUGCUUAUUGUUCACUGGGCAAUCUUUUCAAAAGUUGAUUCUACAAGAAGGGGAAAAGAUGGUACUAGUAUGGUUGGAUACACCAUAUAACCAAGCUGUUUAUGGGCUAGUUGAUAAAUUAGGAAGUCUAGUUGUGCGAAUGAUAUUUUUACCUUUUGAGGAGAGCUCCUUUUCUACAUUUGCCAAGAUGGCAUCAGGCGAGUCAUCUCAAAGGAUUGUCAGGUUAGGGAAUUCCCUGAUGGAAGCUCUCAAGCUUGUUAUGUUGAUUGGCCUUUUGGUGAUGGCAUUUGGUCCAAGCUAUUCAUUUACUCUGAUAAGACUUCUCUAUGGGAGCAAAUGGAGUGAUGGAGAAGCACCAGCUGCUCUCCGUUAUUAUUUCCUUUAUGUUGUUACCUUAGCUAUGAAUGGAACAUCGGAAGCUUUUCUUCAUGCGAUUGCUAAUGAGAGACAAAUUCAGAAGUCAAACAAUCUAAUGUUUGUAUUCUCUGGUAUUUAUGUAGCACUAAACAUCAUCAUGGUUCGAUCUGCUGGAGCAAUUGGCUUAAUUGCUGCUAAUUCAUUAAAUAUGUUUUCAAGGAUAAUAUACUCUUUAGUAUUUAUCAACAACUAUUUCCAGGUUUCGCCUUCAUUCUCCCUUUCACGGUGCUUGCCUUCUGGAUGGGAAAUUUUACUUCUUUCAUGCAUAAUAACACUCGUAUCUGAGAGAGUGCUCUUGGAUAAGGAGAACUUUUGGCAGACUCUUCCUGCACACCUAGCUGUUGGUUUCACAUGUUUCUGCAUAUCAUCUAAAGUCAUUUAUAGGCGCGAGAAGCAGUUUAUCAAGAAAAUCAUAGGUAUGCAUAAGCAUAUUGACUGAAAGAAACAGAUGAUGUUGGCUCUGCCGGUUAUUGCUUCAAGUAGCUUCGAUUCUUAUCAAUGAAUGACAUGAUUCUCCUGAUUGUCUUCGUAAGAUCACAUCGGCUAUGUGAUCCAACGCAACAGGUUCAUUUGAUCUUUGGAGUUUCACGGUAAAGUUGUGUUUGUACUUGGACAAAUAAUAGAAAACGAGAGUAAUGGCAGACUUUCCGAGUUUUCUUCAUAUGGCUGGUGAGGGAUAAAUUUCUGAUAUCUUGCAGUAAUGUUCUCUCGUGUCACAUAGUGCCAGAUAUCUUUAGGAAGAGAAGUUACUAUUUAUUGUUGUAUAUUGAAGGCAGUCUUGUCUAUAAUUUUCAGAUUUUAAAUUCAACGCCUAUAUCUUA